AGGAAAAAUGACGCGGACUAUCUCCAUCCUCGCCUACCUUUUCUCCUUAAUUUACUGCAUCUGUGGGGCUGAUUCGGAGGAGCGCCUAAUGAACUGGUUGCUGGGAAAGGAUCGCUACAACCCACUCAUCCGGCCGGCUGUUAACAGGACAGAGAGGGUCACAGUCAAACUGCAAGUGUCACUGGCUCAGCUCAUCAGUGUGAAUGAAAGGGAACAGAUUAUGACCACAAAUGUAUGGCUCACCCAGCACUGGGUGGAUUACAGGUUAGCCUGGGAUCCUUCAAAGUAUGAAGGCAUCGACAAGCUGCGUAUUCCAUCAAGACACAUCUGGCUCCCGGAUAUUGUUCUGUAUAAUAAUGCCGAUGGAACAUAUGAAGUAACUGUGUUUACUAAUGUAAUAGUUCUUUACAAUGGCAGUAUAAACUGGCUCCCUCCAGCCAUCUACAAAAGCGCUUGUAAGAUUGAAGUGAAGCAUUUCCCUUUUGACCAACAAAACUGCACCCUUAAGUUUCGAUCUUGGACAUAUGAUCACACAGAACUAGACCUUAUUCUUAAGUCUGAGGUGGCCAGCAUGGAUGACUUUACUCCAAGUGGAGAGUGGGACAUCUUGGCCCUACCUGGCAGACGGACUGUAAAUCCUCUCGAUCCCACCUAUGUGGACCUCACAUAUGAUUUUAUCAUCAAGAGAAAACCUUUGUUCUACACCAUCAACCUCAUCAUCCCCUGUGUGCUGAUCACCUCCUUAGCUAUCCUGGUCUUUUACCUGCCUUCAGACUGUGGGGAGAAGAUGACCUUGUGCAUCUCAGUCCUUCUUGCUCUUACUGUUUUUCUGUUGUUGAUAUCCAAAAUAGUCCCUCCAACCUCACUUGAUGUGCCACUGAUUGGGAAGUACCUCAUGUUUACUAUGGUCUUGGUGACAUUUUCGAUUAUUACAAGUGUUUGUGUGCUUAAUGUACACCAUAGGUCCCCAAGCACCCACACUAUGCCACCUUGGGUCAAACUUGUGUUUUUAGUCAAACUGCCUACUUUACUGUUCAUGAGACGGCCAAACAAUAACUCUGCACGGCAGAGGCUACGUCAGCAGCGCUGUCUACGAGCCAGGAGGGCCAUUUUGGGCUUAGGAUGUCCAGUUGAACCUAAAGCGGGAUUUACUAUGUCUUCCUCCAUCUUGCUGCCUUCUGACUCCUCAGCCCUUUCAACUCCAGGACAUAAAAAUCUGGCAGCAUCUCUUCCACAAGACCUCCAUCAGAGAAGCACCUCUGACUGGGCCAGUGAUGUCCGAGAGGCAGUGAACGGUGUGCGCUUUGUGGCUGAGCACAUGAUGGGAGAUGAUGAUGACCAAAGUGUAAUUGAAGACUGGAAAUACGUAGCCAUGGUGGUGGACCGUUUGUUCCUGUGGAUAUUUGUUAUUGUGUGUGUAGUGGGAACACUUGGCCUGUUUCUUCAACCUGUUUUUCAGAAUCAGAUCAUUCCCAAUCAACAGCCCAGUUCAGAGACACCACGUAUUUGAUGAGUUGCAUUUACAAGAAGAGAAAAGUACAUUGUACUUAAAU